CCCCCCCCCCCCCAGUGUCCACUGGCCACUCCACGUGGAGCCCAUUGCAUCCUUGCAGAUCGUCGCUUUGCCACCGCGGUUGGCUUCAAGCACCGUGCCUUGUCAGAGAGAAAGCUGCCCAAGGUGCUGGAGUGCAGAGGCCUGAAGAGGUGAUACCAUGGCUCACUUGAAGGCAGAAUCAGAACACGGGGCAGAAAUUAGCACCGAUGUGGUGGUGGUCGGAGCUGGCAUCUCUGGCUUGACUGCCGCAUACCGCCUGUUGCAGACGGACCCAGCACUUGGCGUGAUCGUGCUCGAGGGGAAAGAGCGGGUGGGAGGACGCACAAUGGCAACUCGGCUGAAGUCUGCAUCAGGGCAAGACACGUGGGACCUCGGCGGACAGUGGGUCGGCAGCACCCAACGGCAUGUGAUGGGUCUCCUCAAAGAGCUCGGCCUGGACGUGUACCCACAAUACACCCACGGUACCAAGGUGUGUCAGCUGGGCGGCGCCAACGCCAAAAUCGGCACCUACUCCUCCAGCAUCCCCAGCCUGUCCCUGCCGGCACUCGUGGACCUGCAGCUCUUCAUGUGGAAGAUAGACCGGCUGUGCCAAACAGUGCCCGCAGCCAACCCAGCAGCAUGCCCCCUGGCAGCCCAGCUUGACAGCAUGACCAUGGAGACAUUCAAACAGCAAAACCUCUGGACCCAAGCUGCUAAGGAUGCAGUGGACGUGGCAUGCAAGAACAACUUUGGGCUCGAGUGCUCACAGGUGUCGUGCCUCUACUACCUGAGCUACGCGGCCGCAGCCGGGGGAUUCCUGCCUCUAAUAGAGGCCUCGGUGGGGUCGGCACAGGAGUUCAAAGUCAAGGGUGGAGCUUUUCAGCUGUCCAGUCUGCUUGCCAAGAGGAUUGGUCACAGCAAGAUCAUCCUUGGGGAUGCAGUGACUCACAUCACGCAGACGGACGAUGGCGUUGAGUUGCGGACUGGGUCCCAUCGCAAGCUGAGCUGCCAGAGAGUAAUCGUCACGUGCCCCACGCACCUUGCCGCUAAGAUCCACUAUGAGCCAGCACUUCCUGCGGACAGGGAGCGUCUCACACAGAAUAUGCCCGUGGGACAUCUCAUCAAGUUCAUAGUCACCUACCCAACGGCGUUCUGGCGUGAGGCUGGCUACUCCGGGGAGAUCGUGUGCAACGGCGGUGGUGGCAGCCCUCUGAGCGUGACGUACGACGCCACGACCUCGCACGGCAGUGCCGCCCUCGUGGGAUUCAUCGCGGGCAGCCAGGCUGGGCAUUGGACGGUCAAGAAGCUUGAAGAAAGGCGGGAGGCGGUGAUCAAAAGCCUCGUGAAAUUCCUCGGAGAAAAGGCCGCCGGAUAUCUGGAAUACGCCGAGAAGGACUGGAGCAGAGAGCCAUACAGCACAGGAUGUCCCGUGAAUGUGAUGGUUCCUGGGAUGAUAACAUACUACCACUCGGCACUCCGGAGGCCGUUUCACAGGAUCCACUGGGCGGGCACGGAGACGGCGACCGAGUGGUGCGGCUUCAUGAGCGGCGCGGUGCAGUCGGGCGCUCGCGCGGCCCGCGAAACCCUCCGGGUCCUGCGUCCCUCCCUGCUGGCGGCCUUCGACGACGCCGAGUUCGAGUCGCCCGACCCGCGACCCGCAGGCGCCGGGGUGCCGCCGCACGGCGGGGCCGGCCAGUUGCCGUGCCGUGCCCCACGCCGCUACCGCCGCUGGCUGUGCCUGGGGGCCGCAUUGGUGGCUGCGACGGCUGUCGCCCUCUGUCACGUGCGGGGUCGAGAUGGCAGCCUCCGAGAAUUGUUAUCCGCGGUGCCUUUCCGAAAAAUCCCUGCCGUGGCCGGGUUAUCUCGAUUUUCAUAAAAUAUAUUUGUGGGGGGUGUUUUUUUCUUCUCCCCCAAAUCUUUUUAUAAUUGUGCUAUUGGUAUGGUAUCACAAAUCGAAGUAGUCACGUGUUGCUCUCGCAGAGCAGUACACCCAUUCGUAUUAGAGAACAGCCCCGCAGAAGCGGAUAUCACAGAGCUAGCUUUGAGAUCCCUUCAAGUAACAUCUGGUCCACCCUCGCAAUAUGAGAGUAAUGUUUGUUGCGCGAUAGUCACGCUGCUGUUUUAGUUGUCAGAGCUGGAAUUUAGCCAAAUUCCGUGCAAAACCAAAUUGUAUGGGAUGUUUUUUUAUACUGGAAUGAAUAUAAUUGAGAAAUGAAGACAUUGCAUACAGAAUACGAGGGAUGGGAAAGAGAGAUAACGGGAAGGCUCUAACACUAACAUGCACGGUUUACCUUUGAGUACUAUUAUACACUCUCAGUCCGUUCUCCGGCUCUCCGAGUCACUUAACAGUGCUUGGGAUGCCAGUUAUUCCCACAUUCAUGGAGCCUCAUAUCCAAUGCUAAUUCUAUUAAUUGCUGUGUGUUAUGUCAAACAAUCAUUGCUUUUAAGAAAAGUCAAGCAAACUAAUUAUAGAUGUUACUUUAAAUUUUUUUAUAUCAUGUGAAGCAUGGAAUUAAGCCUGGAAAAAGUCCCAUGUGAAUAUAUCACUCAAAUGUGAUCGAGCGUGAAAUUGAUUGGAUAGCACAUUUCGCUAUGAAAUAUGAUGUCUUCAGUGAAAUUGGCUCAAUUAUACACCAUACACAGUGGUUGUGUAAAUGAACACGGUACAUGAUUUAAUAUGCGAUAAGAUGGAAGGUUAAUAAACGUCAAUGGCUGUCAAAUGCAGUUACAUGGUGACAGCCGUCUCAGCGUGGAUUUUGUGUCACGUGCACGCAUCCCCCUGUUAUGAAUAUUUAAAUCACAGCCUUGAAAAUUGGCACACUUUAACGAAGGCCGAAUGGGCCUGUUUUAAAAGCAAGGUUUAAAAUGUGCCAAGUAUACACAGUCGUAUGAAAUGAAAGAGUGGCGCAGCAGUAUGUGCACCGCACUGUGAACUUGUUGACCCAAGUCCGAUUCCCAGCCACAACUAACAUCAGUGGCGAAUGCAUCUAAACGUGUGCUGGGCACCUCCCUAUACUCAAGCAGCAUUUUGGUUUAGUCAAAAAACCCCAUGACCGACACGGAAUGGGGAGAUAGACAGUAAGUCAACCUCUUGGAAGCACGUUCUAAAACAACAAACUUUGACGUAAUUGGAAUGACGAUUGCUUGUGUUGCUUGUGUUGCGAUCUAAACGUAGUUUUGUUACUUUCUAUGAACCUAUCUACGUGACUUUACCGAAAGACCCAAGAAGAUUAAUUUCUGCAGUCACGAAAGCUUUAAGUCAAGAAAUGUAAUAGUUUACAUAUAAUUAUUUUACUAACAAUAACAGGUACAUUAUGAAUGCAGCGUCCAUUAAAGUUGCAAUUAAUUGUCAAGCUCGUCUCAUUGCUCGAUUCAUUUUAAUGCGCAAAUGUUCUGUUUGCACUGCUGUCCUGCGGUCAGUGUGGAGUGAUAUGGCAUUACAAGAACACACGUGACGGUGGCUUCAGUCAAAAAUAAGGAGGUGACUUGGGCAUCUUAGCGAACUACCAUUGUGCUCAAGUGCUCAGCCAGCACCACUGAGGUUCAGGAUUUGGGAUCCGUGUAACCACUUGAGAAAGGUAUUUUUACGUGGGCCAAAUUUGACU